CCCGGGGCUAGGCAGACUUUGUCCGGCCAUCGCCGGCCGGAUGGAGUAUAUUUUAGGGACUGGGUGGAAGCUGUUUGGUGCUUAGAGGAGUGGCGAAUGUAUUCAUUAAUUCAGUAGAUAUUUUUGGAGCGCGCCUUGUGUGCCAGGCGUUAUUUUAUGCCUUGGGAAAUACAGUAGAGAACGUGACACACUCGUGGAGGUUACAGUCUGGUGAGCGAGGCAGAUAAUAGAAGAUGAACUGAAUCUUCUGGUUAUCAUAGUUGAUACCAACCCAAUCUGGUGGGGAAAGCAAGCGUUAAAGGAAUCUCAGUUUACUUUAUCAAAAUGCAUAGAUGCGGUGAUGGUGCUAGGAAAUUCUCAUUUAUUCAUGAAUCGUUCCAACAAACUUGCUGUGAUAGCGAGUCACAUUCAAGAAAGUCGAUUCUUAUAUCCUGGAAAGAAUGGCAGACUUGGAGACUUCUUUGGAGACCCUGGCAACCCUUCUUCCGAAUUUAAUCCCUCAGGAAGUAAAGAUGGAAAAUACGAGUUGCUAACAGCAGCAAAUGACGUUAUUGUUGAAGAGAUCAAAGAUCUAAUGACCAAGAGUGACAUAAAGGGUCAACAUACAGAAACUCUGCUGGCAGGAUCCCUCGCCAAAGCUCUUUGCUACAUUCAUAGAAUGAACAAGGAGGUUAAAGAUAAUCAGGAAAUGAAAUCAAGGAUAUUGGUGAUUAAGGCUGCGGAAGACAGUGCAUUACAAUAUAUGAACUUCAUGAAUGUCAUCUUCGCAGCACAGAAGCAGAAUAUUUUGAUUGAUGCCUGCAUCUUAGACUCCGAUUCAGGACUCCUCCAACAGGCUUGUGACAUCACGGGGGGACUGUACUUGAAGGUGCCUCAGAUGCCCUCCCUCCUGCAGUAUUUACUGUGGGUUUUUCUUCCUGAUCAAGAUCAGAGAUCUCAGUUAAUCCUCCCACCUCCAGUUCACGUUGACUACCGGGCUGCUUGCUUCUGUCACCGAAAUCUCAUUGAAAUUGGCUACGUCUGUUCUGUGUGCUUGUCAAUAUUCUGCAAUUUCAGCCCUAUCUGCACUACCUGCGAGACAGCCUUUAAGAUUUCGCUACCUCCUGUACUGAAGGCCAAGAAAAAGAAACUGAAAAUGUCUGCAUGAUAGUAAAAAAAUUUUCCCCAUCAUUUAGAGCUGUUAACAGAAAUUGUAUGGCAGAAUCUUUGUUAGGAAGGCUCUGAAGAAAAUAGAGAUAUGUGGAAGAUAAUUUUUAAUGAACUUCCUUACAGGAAAUAUUUGUAAAGCGUCACCCUCAUCCUGUGCUUCUGGGGGCCGAUUUACUGCAGGGAGUCAUUCCGUGCAGUAUACCCUAAAAUCUUUUCUGACGGGUUUUUGUCCAGAGAGGAGGAAGAAAGCACAAAUUUGGGACUAUUUUUUUUUAUAAAUGAGAUGAUCAUCUGUCAAAGUCAGUCUGCCCUGACUGAUUAUGGGCGUCAGAACCUGUUACCCAAGUCUAGGUUCUCAGUGUGAAAUGUACAACGUGAAAUCUGAGCACAGGUUUGGAAAAAGUGGCUAUUUAUGGAGUAAUGGCACUGACCCAGGUAGACCGUCCUACUCGAGUCAGCAGUUGACUUCGACAAUAAUCGUGUAAAUAAAAUCCUAUUGUCUUGAUUGAGAUGUAGCUCCAGAUAUGAACGGGUAUUUAUUUUGUCUGACAUCGGCACAAGUUUGGACAAAGUUAUCCAAGUGAUAAUUUGUCACUGAAUAACUCUAAAAUCUGAUUUUAAGUGAGUAGGGAAGUGAGUGCAGUAGGCUGGUAGCAACUUUUUCUUUAAAAACAGUUGUAUGGAGAACUUACUUGUGAAAGCCGCUAUCUGGGUUCUGAGGGGAAAUUUCUUGCGGAGAAUGGAUUCUUUACAGUUAAGUGUUGCCCCCCAGGUGGAAUUCAUCCCCUUUUCACUGAGGGGAGGGAAAAAGCAUUAAUAUUAAAGAACUGUUCUCUAGACGCUUUGGACAUAAUACUGAACCCGUUUAUAAGUUCAAAAGAAAAAUUACUUGAAAUUUCAACAAUAAACUUAUUUUUCUAUGUAAUCUUGAAGUUAUUAAAAGCCCUUUAAAAUUCCAUCCAGGUAUAGGAAGGGUUUUCAGGAAUGGUCGCUGGUUUGGUUUGUUUUUAAAAGUAUAUUGACAAAAAUCCAUUUGUGUGCACAACCUUGUAUAUAAGUAGGAUUUUAAUUUUCUCUUGAUACCAUCUCAGAAACUGAGUCUCAUUUAAGUAAUUUGGUGUUUGGUUAGAUUAUUUAAGGUAGAUUUUGUAUUUUGGAUUUACGAUUUUGGUUAACAAAUGUACAGAGAUUUUGGUGAUCAGUUUGCAAGUAAUUUGUUAAUCGUUGAAUUUGGGAAUCUAUUUGUCUUUUUAAAUGGUAUUCAAUAUUUCAUAGCGUAAGUGUAAUGGAGAUCACUAUUUUAAGUCUAAGGAAUAAAGCAUCAUGUAUCUAAAAGAUGAAUAAUUUCAAACAAGUUGAUAAGGUUUUUGUUAUUACUUUUUCAUUUGAAAUGUUUUAUGUACUGGCUUAAUUCUGUUUAAAUUUUAUUUUUACCUUUGUGUUUAUGGUUCAUUUGUAUAAGUUUUUAUAAUAAAAUAAUUUAAAUUUUCA